CGGGGCAGGGCAGCCAGGACAGAACCGCGAUAAGGCGGGCGACUUUCAUAGGGUACUGGUACUCGACCGGGCUAGCUUCCUCGAUCGCGGAUGCUGACCCAUUCAGUCGACAGUUAUCAGUGCUUCCGAACGGCAGCAGGGGCUUGAAUUUGCGCCCGAAAUCAGAAAAUUCCUUCGCGGGAGUUCAUAACGUUCCUCCUACAGCGUGAGAAAGAAAGAAAGAAGGGUUUUUUUGUAAAUUAAUAAAUAAACAAAUAAACGGCUGAAUUAUGCAGAUUGCUAAUUUGAUUGUGCUAACGAGUUUGCUAGUUGUGACCACCUCUGGAUGGCGGAUUCAAACCAUCGAUGAUCUACUUCGACAGAGAUCCAAAUGCGUACGGAUUUUAGAUCUUCAGGAGAACGCCGAUGUUAGCAAUGGACAGAUGGGAUUGCUCGAUUUCCCGGAUGAUGGCUCGGCCAAGUGCAUGGUCAAAUGUAUCAUGAACCGGAUGGGAUUAUUCAAUGAGAAACGAGGUGCUCAUGUAGGCCGCUUGGUUCGACAAAUGAAAUUCGCAUCUUCCUCCAGCACCAAGGAAAUUCGAGAUGAAAUUCAGUCCUGUGCUGAUCGAGACCUUGAGCAGGAAGACGGUUGCGAUCGAGCCUAUGCGCUGUAUCAGUGCAUUCAGAACAGUAAUCUACUGCAGCUUAAAUCUCCGGAACCGGAGUAUUGACCUUCCAAAAACUACCACCGAUAGAGCAAUCAAUACCGCCGAAAAUUGUGUCAUUUCGAAACCAAAGAUGUUUUUCGUUUCUUCAUUAUAAUUAAGUCUCCCGCUGUACAUAGCACCAUUGUAAAGUAGUAGCACCCGUGUGUGUUUUCUUUAAAUGUGAUAACUGCCGCAUUUGCUCUACCCAGAACGCUCAAAACGCCCAGACAGAAUCACGCCACUUGCGAGUUUGAUAAGUAAAUCGCCUGUGUGAAAUCAGAACGGAAGUCACGCGAGCUACGCGCUGACGACGGUGAGAUUGGACGUGAUCGAGCGUUAAUGAUGCAUGUCUGUAAUGAAGCAAGAAUGGUAGAGUAACUAGAAUGUUGGAAUAAACUUCUUAGUCAAAA